UAUCAUGGUUAAGGGCUUACUAUAGACUAGGCACCACAUAAAUUAUCUCAAUAAAUCUUCCCUGCAAUCCUGUGAGGUGGGUUUUAUGAUCCGAAUUUUACAGAGGAGGAAAUAGGUUUAGAGUAAGAUUACAUAGUUUGCCCAGGGUCUCAUGGCUAGUUGAUGGUGGAUUCUAGAUCCAAACCCAGGGCCAUUUGAUUUUUGUUUUAAAUUUUAUUGAAGUAUUGUUGAUUUACAAUGUUGUGUUAAUUUCUGCUGUACAGCACAGUAUUCAGUUAUACAUAUAUUUACAUUCUUUUUCUUUUAUUUUUUUGGCUGUGCCAUGUGGCUUACAGGAUCUUAGUUCCCUGACCAGAGAUUGAACCCGUGCCCCCUGCAGUGGAAGCGUGGAGUCCUAACCACUGGACCACCAGGGAAGUCCCUAUACACUCUUUUUCAUAUUCUUUUCCAUUACAGUUUAUUGGAUAUCAUUUCCACUCCCACUCUUACCUUUUUAAAAUUGCCAAAUUUACUCUGGUUAGAAUUUGAAAUUAAUUUUUAUGAUCUCGUACCAUUCACUUCUCAUAUCAUACCUUCAGUAACACUUGCAAUUCAGUGAUAUGUAAGUGGCUUAGAAAUUCUUCCUAUCAUUACACAUAGCAAAUGCAGAAAAGGCAACUUUCUACCACUAUAUAAUCUUUGAGAACCAGAGGUAAAAAGUUGGUAGAGUGAGGCAUCUUAAGAGCUGUCAUUGAAACCAUCUGGCUGCUUGUUCAUUUAUCUUGUUAAAACACCGAUAAAUGUGCGUAAGACAAUGUGCAAAGGCUAAAAAGUGUUCAGGAUCAAAAAAAAAAAUAGAAGACUGGUUUCAUUUCCCAUCCUCUUCAAAGGAUGGACAGAGUGGCUCAGGUGUCCUGACUCCAGGGCAGGCGUCGCUUGGAAGAUGCUGCUCACCCUGCAAGUCUGGUCCUCUGACAACUCUUCACUCUCCACCAUGGCCUGGGUGCCUGUGUUUCAAAUUUUCUCCAGCCUGCAUCUGGAGAAAGUUAUUUAUCCUUCUCUGGGCUCAGAAUCAAAGCCCUGGGUUUGAAUUUCAGCUCUGCUAUUUAAUCGCUGUGUGGCUUUGGACAGUUUCCAUGCACUCUGUCUCAAUUUCUUAACCUGUGAAAUGGAGAGAUUUAUGGGUUUGUUGUGUGAAUCAGAUAAAAUCGUGGACAUGAAAAUGCUUUGUAAGCUGUGUGGCUUUAUCUACCAUGUAAGGUAGAUAUUGAUUUCCUUCUCCUCCACCUUCUCCUUCAGGCAUCCUUCAUCCCCUUGCCUCAGCAAGCAAGGAUGAAGAACUGCCUCUCACGGGAAACCCAUUUCAUCCUGUCGUUCUACAGCGUUUCUAGGAACAGUAGGAGAACCCCGAGAUUCAUUCGUCCUUCUGAGUCAGUCCACGCAAGAGUGAAAGUGACACAUUUCUCAGAAGUGUGGUUGUUUCAGUGCCUUUCUUUCUGGUCCUCCUCCCCUCCAUUUUAUUCUCUUCUUAGCCUGUAUUUUCAUGGGAAACAUGCAGUGAUGACACAGAAUUAUUCGAAUUGAGUCAUGCGACUGCUUUCCAGUAAAAGAGGAGAAAACUGAAGCUAUGUUAGUCCCUAUCUCCCACGGAUAUGCACACACAAAAACGGAUAUGCACACACACCUCUACUCCUAAGACUGAGAUUGUGGGUGUGUUUAAUUAAAAUAUCAAUACAUAUUUUUUUGGUUUUCAUAGGAUCCCCAAAUUGAAAGAGAAGUUGGAGAUGGUCCCGUUCAAACAGAGCCCGCUGGUGUACCAUUCCUCUCUGGAAUGUCACUACCAUAUGUUUAUCAAGCUUUAGGGUGACCUUCUGGUGACUGUCCAAUCCCUCUCCCUUUUAAAAAUUUUCUAAAUACUUGAAAAUAAUAUUCUGUGUCUGUAAGUUUUCUUUUCUCCAAAAUAUCCCCCUUUAAAUAAGAUUUUUUAAAAGUUAUCUGAUCUAUUAGGAAUUGAAAGUAAUGAAGGAGGGGAAAAACUUUCUCCUCUACCCUCUUGGGUUUAGUCCCUGGGGUCCUGCAAAUUAAACUGACAAAACCAGAUCACCAGAGAAAGAAUUUAUUAUGUGUGCAUAAAGAGGCCUUUGUAGAAAAGAAGUAAAGAUUCAAAGAAGCAGUUAGACCCAGCAGCUUAGAUACCAUUUUAACAAAGAGUCAUAAACUGUGGAUAGAUAACUAGACAAAGGAAGGAGGGAGUGUUGAACUUCUAGGGGAAGUAGAUUAAGGGAAGGUAAGUAUAUGGGGGAAGCUAAUCAAAGAUAAGGGUUAUUUAGUAAGGUUUAUUAUGCAGACUCAAGUUAGUGCCUUUUCCAUCCGUAAGAGUUGUCCCCCUCUUUCUAAUAUGUAAACUUCCUUUACAAAUGGAAAGUUGUUACCUUUACAAAAGGAAAUUUAUGCCUGGUUUUUAGACAGAAAGGGGGACGGCCGAGAGCUUUUCCUGAGUCUGCUGUUUCUCAAUUGCCUUCAGCUCAGAUGAAUCCUUAUGCCAAAGUGGCGCCUUUUGUGGUGGCAUAUUCUGAUCCCCCUCUUUAGCGAGAAAGUGGGUGGAAGAAGAAAUUAAUUAAUGUUCAUACUAAGAACUUAGUAUGAACAUUAAAUUAAAUCGGGUCAAGUGAGUAAGUCUUCACUGAGCACUAGCCAUGAGUAGUGUACUUGCUGGGAUGGGGGUGUGCAGAAGCCACGGGUGUCUCCUUUAAAGAGUUUAAGAUCCAGAGAGCAGAUUAGGAACAAGCAUUUGAAAACGUAAAAAGCCAAAGCACAUACAAAUAGCUGUUCAAGUGGAUGGUAGAAAAGUUGUCUCUAGUAAUUGCUAAAUGAAAUUCCACGAGAGCAAGUGGAGAGUUCAGAAGAGGGACAGACACUAGUGGGUUUUGGGUCAGAGGACACAGACUUUGAGGAACAGUCCAGGAGUUUGGGUAGAGCCUAAAUGAGCAGAAGAACUGAAAUGAACUUUCCAGGAAAAAGGACCUGGCCUGCAGAGGAUGAGGCCUCAGAAAUACCACACAUUUUGUGGAGCAGAAGCUGGAAAAUGAGGUUCUUUCAUGCGGAAGGUUUGGGAGGGUGACUUCCUUUAACAAACUGGGUUGGGGCCAUGCAUCAGAUUUAGGCCAAUGUCUAAGGAAUUGGUCAUCCAACCCAGAGGCAAGAGUAGAGUACAAGCUCAUCUUUCUGGGGCAAGACCCUCCGUCCCAGUUCACCACCCCAGAACUUUGUGGGUUGUCAGCAUGGGACUGGGGGAAAGUCCAGGAGCAAACGUUGCUGAUCCCUGGUUCCUGUACAACCCUGGUGGAAACAGCUGAGGGUUUUCGUGGGAGGAAGCCAGUAACACGGGACAGCAUUUGACAGACACCCACUUGGGCUUUCCCUGGGCAUGACGCUCUGGUCGUCAGUUGACUAAUUCCAUUCACCUUGAUGCAGGAAAUUAUUGAAUAGCUUGGCUGAUGAGUAAGUGAAAGUCUGCACGAAACCCUGAGUUGCCUGUAGCUCGCCUGUGGGUGGCUCAAUCAGGUCAACCCAAAGCAGCUGCUGCUGAAUUUCGACAUGGAAAGACCUCAAUUUCCUGGUCUCUCCAUCCCCGCCCUUGCCAAAGAACCUUGCAGAGUAGAAGAGGUGUAUGGUUCUUAGCUUCGAGGGAGUGCAGCUCUGAGAUUUAAGGCUCUGAUUUUCUUAUCCCAAUCACUUUUCAAGUGUACUUGACUCUCAAUUUCUCAGCUUCGGAAAACGGAAUGUGUCCAGUGAGCCCUGCUGUAAUUCUAUAGGAAAUCCCGCACUUUCUUUAAUGUUCCCUAAAGCAGCGCAGCCCAGACUUUCAUGUGAUGAGAAUCACUUGGAAAUCUUGUAAAAAGGCAGUCUGAUUCAAUAGGUUUGGGGUGAGGGCCCAAGAUUCUGCAUUUAUUUUUUGCAUAUAUUUUCAGGCUUUUUUCUGAGCGUACAUUUAUUUACACAUAUACACACACAUACAAAUAUACAUAUACAUGUACAUAGUGUGUUUGUAUCUACAUCAAAGGAAUGUCAUGCUUUAUAUGAAGAACCGUAUCUUAAUAUUUUCAAAAAUUGUUACAAAAAAGGUAUUUUUAAAGUUAUUAAAUUUUCUUGGAAAGCAAUGUCUAGUGGCUACAUAGGUUUUAUCAUAUAUACAUGCUAACAAUUCACUGAACUAUCGACGUUAUUCUACUGUUAGAAAUCUAGGGUGUUUUCAAUUUUCCCACACUGAAUAUCCUUGUAUGUGGGUCUUUGGGUACUUCUCUAUUUGUUUAGAACAAUUCCCAGGGGUAGAACAUUUUUUUUAGGUUUUUGCUUCAUAUUAUUAAAUACCCUACAAAAGUUGUACCAAUACACUCCCAGCUGUAAUACCUGAAAGUGCCCCUUUUUCCUAUUCUCCUAUUAAUAUUCAUGGUUAAAAAUCUAUGCCAGUUUGAUAGCCUAAAUAUGGAAUUCUAUUUUAGUUUGCAUUACUUUGAUUGCUUUUGAGGUUAAACUGGGUUUUUUUUCACAUAUUUAUUAUCCAUUUUCUUCUAAUGCAAACUUUGCUACUUUUUCUUUUUUCAAAUUGAGGUGUAACCGACCUGUUAUAUUAGUUUCAGGUAUAAAACAAUGAUUCUAUAUUUGUAUAUAUUGUGAAAUGAUCACCACGAUAAGUCUGGUUAACAACCGUCAACUGCGAUUGUGCCUUUUUAACAAGCUCCCAGGUUCUGGCAAGCUAGAUGGCAGGGGUGGGGCUGGUGCUUACUUUCUCAUUCCAAAUUCUUGUUGACCCAUUUCUGCUGCUUCCUCUCCUGAGGCUGCCUUUUCUUUCCACAUCUCUUUGCUGCUAUGUGGACAUCAUAGGACUGUUUUGCAUGUAAAGAAUUUUAUUUUAGAUGUGGUAAUAAUGGAAGAGAAUUAAGGCACAAUGUAGACAUGGAAACAAUUUGAAUACUAGGCUCAUGACUCUUUAAAGUUCCCUUGCUGUGUCAGCUACUGAAGUUUCUAACUGGUAUCUCUCUCCAUUUCUCUUCUCUCUGGUGAUAAUUCAAGUUCUUGUUAUUUGUAUGUAGAGUGAUUUCCUUCUCUGUUUCCACCGUGGAAGAAUAGAACUUCCCUCUCUGUGUUUACCCUGGAUAGAGAUAGGCUCUAUCUUUGUGCUUCCAAAAAGGCCUAAGGAGAGCUGCUGUGGUCUUCUCUGCAUUGAGGUAUGGCUCUGCAUGGAGAAGAGACUGCUGCAGAAACGGAGCUAAAGAUAGUCCUCUGUUUAAUACCGAGCCUCCUCGAAGGAUGACUUAUCCACUUAAAUCUCAGUUUACAUUGCAUGACUGGAAAGUAGAAUGUAAGGGUCCCCCUUCGAUUCCCCUUCAGGAAGUGGAAUAGAAAAAAAAAAAACACUACAUUCGUCAGUAACUCUGGGGCAACCACAAGUUAGACAGUAAGCAGGUCAACUGAAACAAGGACAGAGAUUGCUAUAAAACCAACAGUGCUCUCGUUGACACCACACGGGCACACAGAAGGCAACACAGCACAGAAAGAGCUUCCUGCACGAAACAGGUGACCAGAGCAAAGUGACAAUGACAUUCCUGCGUGACGUGGCCGUGGUCAAGUCCCUGCUGCUGUUGACAUUGGGGCUGACCCUCCUGGGGGAGGUGGCAGGUCGGAAAACCCCCAAAGCUGGGGAUCCUGCCCUCUGCCCGCCUCCGGAGGACCACACUGUGAGGGUUGACAUCCGCAUCCUCAGGCAGAAUCAGGGCAUUCCCCUCUCACACGGCUUCCAGAACCGCUCCAGCACCCCCUGGGAUUACAACGUCACCCGGGACCCCCACCGAUACCCCUCCGAGAUCGCAGAGGCCCGGUGCAGGCACACGGGCUGCAUCAACGCCGAGGGGAAGGAAGACAGCUCCAUGAACUCCGUCCCCAUCCAGCAAGAGUUCCUGGUCCUCCGGAGGGAGUCCCAGGGUUGCUCUCGCUCCUUCCGGCUGGAGAAGGUGCGGGUGACUGUUGGUUGCACCUGUGUCACCCCCAUCGUCCGCUACGUGCGUGGCUUGAGGGCGGCAGAUCAGCUCAGCUGAAGAAGAUGUAGAAACGCCCCUCUUUACCCAGCACUUUGCCAUGAGUCCUGUGUGGUUCCCAAUUCUCUCCACUUCCCAGGUCUCUUCAUAAGAUCUGCAUGGGACUCUCAAAGCUCUGUAUUAGAUAGAGUAACUUUCUGGGGCUUCAGAAUCUUUAUACGGUCCUGAGAUGUUCCAAUGUCCCACCCCGCUGAAAAUAGAUGGAAGAGAAUGCAGGACCCUCACCUACUCUGCUUAUGUGCUAUCAUGACCACCUCCCAGCCAUGCCGUCAUUGGAUGGGAGCCCUGUUGGUAAAAUGGGCUUCUGCUCCACAAAAGGCAACAAAUAAAAUAAGCACAAUGUAAGAGUGUGGGAGGGUCUGUGCAGGAUGGGGUGGGCGGGAAGAAUGGAGAUAAGGAUCCAGCACCUGUUUAUUAAGCAUUUGCUAAAUAUAGAUGAGGUUGGCCUGAUAUUUAUACCUCUAGGGAAACUGUUCAUGUAUUUAUGAUAUAUUGAUUAUAUGAAAUUGUAGGAGAAAAAUUAAUAUAUCAAGUACUAAUAUAAUAAAGUAUUGAUGA